AAACAUGGCUUCCUAUGAAACCGAAGAAAUCGAUGUUGCCAAAGAAUUUAACCUUCUUCCUGUAAUAUUUGAAACGAUUCAAGCGUUACAGAGGACUAGUGAUCCCCAAGAGUUAACUAAGAAGGUAGCUAGUUAAAUAUUUAUGUCUUUUAAGAGGAAUAACUGCCAAGAGUUUAACACAGCGGCCAUUAAUAGUAGUUCAAAUUUAUGAAUGGAACUUUUCGGUGGCAGUGAUAGGGGGAUGUAAAGAGAUUUUGCUACCCAUUGCCAGCUUUUCUCGUCUUUUAAAUUUUUGAGGGAGUAACUGCGGAAUACCCUGCCACUUGGACUGCGGUACUGAAAAACAAAGGCUACGCACAGUUUAUAUUUCAAUUUCUUUCUUUCUCACUUCGUACAGCGUAGCUACGGCGUGUAACAAAGAUUUAUUCCUCACUUAAGCCUGGUUUUCACUAGUGCAUAAGCAUAAGCACAAGUACAUGUGUAAGCAAGUGAAAACUGCCGCGUUAUAAGCAUAAGUAUAAACACAAGAAAAACGGACAUGGUCAUUCUUCUUGUACCUCUGCUUAUGUCGUAGCUUUGACUAGUGAAAACAGGGUCGACAUAAGCUCAAGCAUAAGCACAAGGCCGUGGACCAAUCUUAGGUCACUUUGACCCAUCCUGAAUUUCAUCCGAUUACUUCGAGUCGUUAUUACUCCCUCAGUAACGUCUGAAUCAACUGGCCAUUAAUGCUGUUCAGUGACGUCACUACUCCUUUGUUUAAUUCAUGCCAAAAGUAAAACAUGAUUUUCAAGUGGCAAACCAAGAAAUACCGUUUGGAAAUGUCUACAUGAUACAGAACAGCUGACUGAAUUGCUUUACUCUUGUUGAUCAUAAUUCAUGUUAAACAUUCAAACUAUCAACUUCAUGCAGUACUCUGAACUGGUUGUAAUUCAAACUCGGUCGCAAUCACGCAAUGAUUUAAAUACACACAUGGAAAACCUAGUUAAAAAACACAAAAAUUUCCUUUAAGUGAAAAGAAGCUAUUUGGUCCUUAACGAAGAAAACAAUGAAACAAGAAAGAAAAGCUAACAAAAUCAUUACACUUGACGGUGAAAACAGCAAGAAGGUCAAAUGACAACAUGACAUUGGUGUCAGAAACUUCGCACAAACAAAAUCACUGCGGAAACCACAAAGUGGCUCUAAAUGAAAAACCUACCGACUCUCCACAAUGAUUCUUCAUUCGCAGUUCAAUUUAGCCAUUCAGUUUUGAAGACAAGGGCAAUUUUGCUGUUUACGAUAAAGAUUAUUGAAAUGUUUGAACUCCACGCAAGCAGGCCACUGAUGUGAUCUGUUGAAUAUCAAGCGACAAUCCCGCUAAAAUUUCUCAUAAUUAUACAUAAUUAUGCGAAUGUUUAGACAAUAAACCAAUCAAAAUCAAUUACUCAAACUGCCAUGUUCUGACAUGGCAAGUUAGUCAAGUUAUAGGUGCAAUGCAAUCAUGUGGGAAAUAUCACACUUCCACUGUCCAUACUCAGGGCUGUCAUUAAGAGGCGUGGACCGGGGAUUUCCUCCGGCUACUAUGAAUGUAGCCCCCAGCUACUUUCAUAGGAAAACAGAAGAAAAAUAGAACCAAAAGAAAUCCCUAGCUGUUCGUGAACUUAUGUACCCAGCAACUUGAAAUCUUGGUGGCAGCCCUGCAAAUUUUUGAAGCUGGAGGAAGGUUUGGUUGGUUACGCUUAAUUUUUUUCUUCAACAACAGAGAAUUAUAAUAAUAAAUAUGUUGUUCAAUAUCAAUAUUGUAGGUGAAUACUUUCCGCUCAAAGCUCCAACAUUGCAGAACUUUACUGGACAAGAUCCCUGGGCUAGAAAUGAGUGGUGAGGAACAGAAAGAAAUGUUGAACAAAUAUCAGGCCCAAUACAAAGAAAAAUGGUGAGUCCUGAACUUAAUCUUCUCAUUAUUUAGACAUACACAUAAAGUGUUUUGUUUCUCUUUCCUUCUUUUUUGUAAAAGUGCCAUGGUUGACUGGUCCGCAGGCAUAAAAACUACUAACUAGCCAUGGGAUCAUGCUAUUUAGCUUAAAUAACAAAUGAUCCCACAGCAUGUUAUGAUUUUUUCCCCAACCAACCAAAAGCAAUGCUUGUUUGUUUUUCUCUCUUCAGUGAGCUUCUUAGAAACUAUAGAAAUCUACCAGUGUUUGCAGAGGCAUUCUUGAAGGAAACAAAAUCUUAGUCAGCUAGAGACAAGGCAACAAAGAAAGCUCCAGUUUUGGAAGAGGUACAUCCCAUGCACAGGUCAGAGAACCUAAACUGGCCAUCUGAGUGGGAUAAGUUAUUAGAAGGACUUGAGAGUAUUUCAGAAGCUGGUGAACUUAACAGAUUACAGUAUGCGGCAGCAGCUUGGAAAAUGGUUAAUGACGUUAUGUUGCCACUAGGAAGGAUUUUCUUUGUCAAGUUGGCUCAGGUGGUGGUACAAUGGAUACCUCAAGACUCUUGUUAUUGUCAUCUUAGUAGCAGUCAGGGCUGUGCUCUGGCAGUGCCCAGUGUCCCUUGUUGCCUUUUUUCGCCUCUAGGAGACUAGGAAAUCUCAGUUUUUACAUAGAAAUCAGAAAUCAUAUGCUGGGCACCCUGGAUUUCACAGGUUCAGAGCCUAGGGCUCCCUAGAAUUUUUCAUAGACCACAGCCUUGGAGGUGUACACUUACCUGUGAUAUAUACCUUGUGCCCAGGCAUGACUUCUCACUACAUGCCCCAAUGGAGAGCUUACUGUAGGCUAGACUUGGAUGGAUAAAAUACAGUGAUUUAUAUGAAAUUGUCCACCCAAUUUUUUCUUGCCUCUUUCUAAACCAUCCCCUGCUCCCUAAGUAGAUAAGAUGGCUGCCUGUAAGGGUGAGUGUUUGGUCUUGACAACCUUACAGAAAAAGAGGAGACUCUGAAGAGUCUAUUAACCUUAAUCUUGUUUCACUGUGUGCUCACUGGAGCAGAGUGCAGGGAAGGUCUAUAGAGAGAAGGCAGGGGUUACAUGAAGUAUUGUACCUUUAUUAAGUAGACCUCAUAUAAAGGGGACACCCCUGCCUCCUCCUCAGGCACUUUGUAUUUUGUAUCAAGGCAAGCACAAAAUGCACUUGACUGAUGAUGAAGUGCAAUAUACCAUGGGAAGGACAAAUAAGAAAGGAGAAGCGACCUCUUGCCUGUUUCCUCCUUUCCACCUUCCUUUGCACACAAAUUUUCAAUGAGAGAGAGGUGUCGGGGUAUGAGGCAGGGGAUACCCUGUACUAGCAGACAUAAAAGUCUAUAAUUCCUGUACUUCGUUCCCAUAUUUUCGGUAUAUUAAACCUGUAUUUUUCAGACACACAAACACCAGUGUGGGUCUUGGUGGGUGUCUGCAGAGCAGAGGUUUCACUGCAUCUUUAGAUUAUAGUGGACUGUCUGUUACAGACGGCAGGUGUCCUAGUUAUU